GUGAAUCAUUCAUCCUGCUCCUUCUGCAGACACACACCAGGCCGCGUAGAGUCAUGAACUCCAACCUGACAAGUGUCCAGCAGAGGGCGCUGUGCAGUGAGCUGGAAGGAAGAGUGAAGCUGAAGCUGCUCUUUAAAGCUUCCAUCCACGGCUUCACUGGAGCAGCGUUCCAUCAGCGCUGUGACGCCCGAGGACCCUCCAUCUCUGUGGGAUACAACAGCUCCGGACACGUGUUCGGAGGGUACACCAGCGCCCCCUUCAGUCAGACUGGUCAAUAUGUCAACGACCAGAAGGCGUUUCUCUUUACCUUUAAAGGAGAUGCUCUGCUCAAAUAUCCCACCACCUACAGUAACUAUGCUGUCAAAAUGGUCGGUAACUCAGGGCCAUAUUUUGGAAAAAGUUUGAUUCUGAUGAAUGGAGGCGCUGCUGUUCACAGUAAUCCAGGACAAUACUACACGGCCUUCACUCCUGAUGAAAUGCACGGCAACGACCUUCAGCUGAUCGAGUGUGAGGUGUACCAGGUGGAAGGUAACUCCUCCAGUUAUACAGUGUCUAUCUUAAUAUAUUAUAAAUAA